ACGUAUUUAAUGCAGACAUCGAGAAGAUGUAUAGGCAAAUUAUGCUCCAUCAGGAGCAUACCCCAUUUCAAAGAAUUCUUUUCAGAGAAUCCCCGGACGAAGAAAUUAAGGAUUACGAACUUAAGACCGUGACGUUUGGAGUAAACUGCGCUCCAUAUUUGGCAAUAAGGACGCUACACCAGCUCGCAGAUGAUGUGAAAACGAGAUUUCCACUGGCAGCAAAGAUUUUGAAGCAGUAUAUGUAUGUCGAUGACGUCCUAGCUGGAGCCCACGAUUGCACAACUGCAAUACAAAUGAGAGAUGAGGUAAUUGAAGCUCUUAACACCGCCAGCUUCCCACUAAGAAAGUGGACUUCGAAUUGUAAGAAGAUUUUGGCAGGACUACCCAAGGCGCACAUAUACAAGGAGAAUUUCCUGGAGCUUGACGACAUGAGUGAGACAAAAAUGUUGGGAAUCCGUUGGAACGCGGUACAUGACAUGUUUCACUUCACAGUACAGCCGAUCCCCCGGAAGCAGGAGUAUACCAAGCGAGAGGUUUUAUCCUGCGUAGCAAAAUUGUUCGAUCCAGCUGGAUGGCUCGGACCAAUUGUAGUGGUGGCAAAGAUCUUCAUGCAGGAGAUCUGGCUAACCAAAAUAGACUGGGAUGACAGUCUACCCCGAAAUUUACUGCUACGUUGGGAGACCUUUCUGGAUAACUAUGAGCAUAUCCAGAAGAUAAAAAUCCCCCGAUGGACCCAUUUUACGCCAUGGGACGAAGUGGAGUUCCAUGGAUUCUGCGAUGCCUCUGAAAAGGCAUAUGCAGCCGCACUAUAUAUUAGGGUACGCGAUCGCGCAUCAAACAAUGCGCCCCACAUAAACUUGUUGGUUGGUAAAACAAAAGUAGCACCAGUAAAAACGGUGUCUCUCCCCCGGUUAGAGCUCUGCGGAGCAUUAUUACUGGCCGAACUAAUUAAUACUUUUAUUCCGCAGUUUGAAGUCACGCAGCCAGUAAUAUACAAAUGGACCGACUCCACGAUCGUACUCUCGUGGCUUAGGAAACCGGCAUGUACAUGGACAACGUUUGUAGCUAACAGAGUCGCAAAAAUUGAUGAGCUGGUUGGAGUGUCAGGGUGGAACCAUGUGGACUCUGCUGAUAAUCCAGCGGAUCUUGGCAGCCGAGGCGUGUCCCCCCAGGAUUUACUCGCAAGCACUCUGUGGUGGUAUGGACCUAAGUGGCUGGAGCAAGAUUCAUCUACUUGGCCCCACCAAGGCAAUAGAAAUCCAUUAGAAACCGACCUGGAGCAAAAACCGGUACGGGCUCAUGCGGCAGGCAUCUCCGAGGAAAUGGACAUUCUGGAGCGAUUUUCAGACUUCUCGCGAGCCAUGAGAGUAAUUGCGCGAGUUUUCCGAUUUUUUAGAAAAACUCAUCCGGUGCAUAAGUUGGCCGCUAGUGACGAGACAGACGAAAUAACCUCCGAUGAAGUAAAGCAGGUAAAAUGUCGUCUCAUCCUUAUUGCACAGAGGCGUCACUACGCAGAUGAAUACAGGGCCAUCAUCGCUUCAACGCCAAUCAACGCGAAAAGUUCACUUCGCGCUCUCAACCCCUUCCUCGACAGGAACGGAGUAAUGAGGGUAGGAGGACGACUGGCGUUAACGAACAUACCUUACAGUGAACGGUAUCCAAUAAUUCUCCCGUACGACUGCCAGUAUUCAAGAUUGCUCGUAAAAUUCACACAUCUGAUUUCCUUGCACGGAGGAAACCAGCUCAUGUUGAGAAUUUUGCGGUCCGAAUACUGGAUAGUGCGAAUGAAAAACGUGAUUAAAAAUUCAGUUCAUAACUGUAAGGUCUGUGUUAUUUACAGAAAGAAGGCGCGGGAGCAGUUGAUGGCAGCGUUACCACCGGAACGGACUGAGGUAUCCAGACCCUUCACCAACACUGGAGUCGACUUCACCGGGCCCUUUGAGAUAAGGAGUUUUACGGGUCGAGCUUGUCGUAUUACCAAGGGCUAUGUCUGCGUUUUCGUCUGUUUUGCGACAAAGGCAAUACACUUGGAGGCCACCAGCGAUUUGUCCACCGCCACAUUUUUAGCAGCUUUUGCGCGUUUUGUGUCUAGACGCGGCUGCCCGCAAAAUAUGUAUUCGGACAAUGGAACCAAUUUUGUAGGGGCGAAUAAGGCAUUGCAACAGGAUUUUAAGCUCUUUGUCACUGCAGCGGCCAACAGCACAACUCAGACAUACGCUCAUCAGGGCAUUACGUGGCAUUUUAUACCUCCAGGAGCACCUCACAUGGGAGGGCUCUGGGAAGCGGGGGUAAAAAGCUUCAAGAUGCAUUUCAGGAAGGUAGCGAACAACAUGCGUUUUACCAUUGAGGAGCUCUCCACGCUUCUGGCAAGAAUCGAAUCUUGUCUUAAUUCACGACCAAUCAGCCCCAUCUCGGAAGACGCGGAAUCAAUGGAACCUUUAACCCCAGGACAUUUUUUGAUUGGCACCCCGCUACUGGCACUCGCUGAACCCGAAAUUAACGAGAACCCGAUGUCUAUUGUCAACCGGUGGCAAAAGAUCAAGGCGAUUCACCAGACAUUCUGCAGAAGGUGGAAAGCAGAAUACCUGAAGGAAUUGCAGAAGAGAGUGAAAUGGCACUCCCCCCAACGAAACCUCGAAGUUGACGAUCUAGUCGUCGUCAAAGAGGAUAACCUUCCCCCAAAUGAAUGGCGACUUGGCAGAGUAAUUAGGGUCUUUUCAGGUCAGGACAGCCGAGUACGAGUCGUAGAAAUACGAACGGCACGCGGAAUUAUAACUCGACCAAUUGUAAAAUUGGUACUUUUGCCAGAUUGACAAAACAAAAUAAUAAUCGUAUCUCUCUUUACAGAACUCAAUAACGCAAAAUGGUACGUGCAACCAAGAGCAACACCCAAGCUAACAAGGGCCAAUACCGCUGCCCAGUGUGCCGCAGCAACCACCGCCUGGCUUUUUGUCGCGAGAUGCGCAGGAUGGAACCGGCCGAGAGACUGCGUGCUGUCCUCGUGCACCGCCACUGCGCCAACUGCCUGUCGCCGCAUCACACGGCGAAGAAUUGCGCAUCGCCCCGAAAAUGUGAGCAUUGCCGAGACCGGCACCAUAGCCUUCUCCACCUGGGCGAGGCGCCCCGAGAUGAGGAAGACGUGCUACUGGGAUUGGUCGAGCCAGAGAUCCGUCAGCGACGACCGUUCCGCCCGUACACCAUCCGGCCAUUAGCCGAAACAAGCGACGAAGGUGAGGUGCUGGAAAUCGACGCCGAUGAAGAAGACCUCCAACAAGCAUUGGGGGAUGAUCCCGAGCUUAGUGCACCGCCGGCAUUCAGACCUGCUCUGUCGGGUGUCCGGUCGGUAGUGCAGCGAGCCCCAGCAACGAGGUCGAAGCGCCGAGGCGCACACCGACGCCAACGGCGAUCCCAGCAACAACCCCACCGCCGUGGUGUGAGAGACGCCCGAGACCGGAUUACGGGCACGGCCCGUAGCGCUCCUAGGCUAUCUGUCCUCACACCCACAGUAGCGGUUAAGGUAAUGACCCGAGGGAGGACGCAAGUAGUGCGCGCCAUCGUCGACCCAGCACAGCCCAGGUCGACAAUAUCGCUUCAGCUGGCACGCCAACUUCGAGUUUUGCCACAGGGCUAUGCAGAUGUGUGCAGGCUCACGCUCAAAGGGUGGCAUGAAAGGCUGGAUAUUUGCGCCGACGUGCAACCACGCCUCUCUCGGGUAACCCCCCCUCGCACGCUGGAUGCCAGGAUUACCAACGAGUUCGACAAUUUUCGGCUGGCCGACCCGGGCUUUUACAAAUCUAGCGCCGUAUCACUAGUCCUAGGAGCCGAAAUAUACGCAAUGAUCCUGCGUCCGGGACUCAUGCCAGCCACCCCCACUCGACCAACGGCACAGAACACAAUGUUCGGGUGGAUGAUCUCGGGAGGCACCAUCUAUUAGUGGACUACCAGAAGCAAUUGGCCUGAAAUCCAAAAAAUGAAUUUUUUAAUGAAUUUAUGAAUUUUUAUUGCAGCGACACUGCAAGGCGGG